ACUGUGAGAACAUUUUCUUUGAAGGGAGUGACUACCCAGCUCUUCGGUCAAGAAACUCCAGAGCAGAGAGAAGCCAGAAUAAAGAUGCUAGAAGAACAAAUAAAGGAAGGAGAACAACAACUUAAGUCUAAAAAUCUGGAAGGCAGAGAGUUUGUCAAAAAUGCUUGGGCUGAUAUUGAACGCUUCAAAGAACAAAAGAACCAUGAUUUAAAGGAGGCCCUCAUCAGCUACGCAGUCAUGCAGAUCAGUAUGUGCAAAAAGGGAAUUCAAGUUUGGACCAAUGCUAAGGAAUGCUUUAGCAAGAUGUAA